GUUGUCAUAUAGCAUUCCUCGUUGAAGAGUAUAUAUGGCGAGGUCCAAUUUAUCAACUCCUCCCAAACUCCCAUCCGCCGCCUAGAUAUUCAACGAAAGCUGAAAACAUUAGACAAAGCAUAACUCAUAGCUCAGCUCAGAUUUCAGAUCUCCCUAUUCGUAUCCCAAUUCAGUAUCUAACUACCCCGCAUAAUCAUAAAUCGGCGAAUUCAUAACCCUAGAAUCCAUGACAUCCUAUGACACAUGACAAAUCGUGCAAAUACCUAGACCAACAGACCUCGGAUGAGACAUAAUAAUAAAGGGGCGUGUAUGUUAUGUACAUUGUCUUGUCUUGUCUUCUCUCGCCUACCGACUCAUUCCCCGGAAAACUCUAUAGGUACUAGGAACAGCUCCAAAAAUGGCAGCCAAGAAGACGGUUAUCGCCUUCGACCUCUACGGGACGCUACUGUCUACCGAGUCGAUAGCUCACGAGCUAGCCAAGAUCUACGCCGAGGAUGCGGCCAAGCAAUUGGCUGCCCUGUGGCGGCGCUAUCAGCUGGAAUAUACGUGGCGGAUCAAUAGCAUGGGUGAAUACAAGUCGUUCAGCGAGAUAACCCGCAAUGCGCUAGGCCAUGCCGUCGCCGAGCUUGGAUUGACGCUUUCGGCGAAAGACGCGGAUACCCUUAUGAAGUCGUACGACGCAUUGCAUGUCUUUCCCGAAAUCCCAUCCGCGCUGCAGCUAUUGGAAAAGAACAAAGACUCUGUGGAAGCCUAUGUCUUCUCGAACGGAACAGACGAGAUGGUUGGUAAUUCGAUUAGAACCUCGCCAGAACUGGGACCUCACGCGGGGAGGUUUGAAUCGCUAGUUACUGUGCACAGUUUACAGUGUUUCAAACCGGAUAAGAGGACAUAUAGCCAUCUAAUUGAGCAGGUCGGCAAGCAAGGGCACGAAGGCGAUGUCUGGGUCGUAAGCGCCAACCCGUUCGACAUUGUCGGCUCGAGGGCAGCAGGGUUAAAAGCAGCAUUCAUCGAUAGAGCUGGCAAAGGCUGGAUAGACCGGUUAGACGAAAAACGCGCACCUGCAGUUGUAGCAUCGGGAGUUGAUAAAGCAAUAGCAUCAAUUCUGAAAGAUUAGUGUAUUAAAUUACAUGAGAUAGCUACCUAAG